AUGGCUCUCCUUUCUCUAGCAAGAAGGCUCCAAAGAACCCACUCUCGAAUCCUGUUCCCGUUUCUUCUCCACCACCCUGCCGCCAUUCCCUCACCUGCUUCUUCUCCCUCAACCCAACAACUCUCCUUUCCUUCUUCGGCAUUUCAUCAAACACUUUUUAUAUCAUCUCGGACCCUCCUUUUCACUUCUCGUUUCUCCACUCUACAAUCCCUCUCAACCCAAACUCUCAACUACCCAUUUGAGUUCACUCCACCACCAAUCCAUGGCCCCGACUCGCAAGAACAAGCUCUACUACGUUUGCUCAAACGGGUUGCCCACUUUAGCUCUGAAGCUGAGGCCGUGGCUUCUCUUGAUGAGUCAGGGAUCAAGGCAACUCAAGAUUUGGUGUAUUCAGUAAUUUGGACGUUGAGGGAAGAGUGGAGACUUGCGUUUUUAGCUUUUAAAUGGGGUGAGAAAUGUGGAAGUACUGAUGAAAAUACUUACGAGUUGAUGGUCUGGGUGUUGGGUAAUCAUAGGAAGUUUAACAUGGCUUGGUGUUUGAUCCGUGACUUAUUUCGUUCUUCCAUGGAUACAAGACGAGCAAUGUUUAUUAUGAUUGAUAGGUGA